CGGAGCCUGUGCCGCUGUCCCCUCUGUCCCCUCUGUCCCCUCUGUCCCCGCUGUCCCCGCUGUCCCCGCAGUGCCCGCAGUGCCCGCGGUCCGGGCCACCCAGCUCCGGGAUGCGAGCCCCCGUUGCCGCCGCCUGCGGGGACGAGCCCGAGCGCUGCCUGAGCCCCGCGGGGAGGCUGGCGGCCGCCGUGUGCCUGGGCGCCCUGGGCAGCCUGGGCUUCUGCAGCAACCUGCUGGUGCUGCUGCUCUUCUGGCGCUUCCCGGCGCUGCGCUCGCCCAUCAACCUGCUGCUGCUCAACAUCGCGCUCAGCGACCUGCUGGGCUGCGCGCUGGGCACGCCGCUCGGGCUGGCCGCGGGGACCAGCGCCGCUCCCGGGGCCGCCUGCGCCUGGCACGGCUUCGCCACCGCCCUCUGCGGCAUCAUCUCUCUCAUCUCCCUGGCUGUGCUUUCGUACGAGCGUUACUGCACCAUGACGAGGACAGCAGAGCCUGACACCACCAACUACAGGAAAACAUGGGCUGGCAUCAUCCUCUCCUGGACAUACUCCUUGCUCUGGACCCUUCCCCCGCUUUUUGGCUGGAGCAGCUAUGGGCCAGAAGGACCAGGGAUAACCUGCUCUGUGAACUGGCAUUCCAAGGAUGCCAACAAUGCCUCCUACAUCAUCUGUCUUUUCAUCUUUUGCCUUGUGAUCCCCUUUGCCAUCAUUGUCUAUUCCUAUGGGAAGCUGCUCUGUGCUGUCAGACAGGUGAGCAGCAUCCAGCGGGGGCCGGGCCGGAGCCGGGAGCAGCGCAUCCUGCUCAUGGUGCUGGUGAUGGUGCUGUGCUUCCUCCUCUGCUGGCUGCCCUAUGCAGCUGUGGCACUCAUUGCCACCUUUGGGCAGCCUGGGCUCAUCACCCCUGCAGCCAGCAUCAUCCCAGCCAUCCUGGCCAAGAGCAGCACUAUCUACAACCCCAUCAUCUACGUGUUUCUGAACAAACAGUUUUACAGGUGCUUUGUGGCACUCCUGAGAUGCAACAAAUCCCCCAGUUCCUUGCCCAGGUUAAAAAAGCAACAACAAAAGCCAGGCUCUGAAGAGCUCCUGCCAAAGCCCAGCCAAGCCCAGCCACCCCAAAACAGGGAUGCAGAGCAUGGUGCUGUGGGACAGCUCCAGGAAACAACCUGCAUGUGAAGAGAGGAGGAAACAGGAGGAAAUUAUCAGCUGGCAGAUGGUCCCUCCCUCCCUGGUUUGGAUUAUGCUCCUCCAAGAAGUCCCACAUUGCUUUUCAACACAAACCUGAAUGGAUCAUGAAGAAAUGUGCAGUUACAAAGUAAAGCUCUACUAAAAAUUUAAAUGUAUGUAUUGGUUAUGUUAAAUUUUAGAAAUUGCAGCUGAAGCUUAGGAAAAUAAGUAUUUUAGGGACUUUUAAAUUAUCAGCCUUCAAAGUUACUGCACCUAAAGACAACUUCUUCCCAACACUCAGGGAGGAAGCAACUCUGAAUGCACAGCACUGAGCUGGGUAAAGCCCUUGUCAGGAAAUCUGCCACUGUGUGAGCAUUAGGAAAAAACAAGAGUGAUUGCAGCCCUUUGUACAAGUGGGGCAGAAGGGGCCAGGCCAGCCAGGGCAGGCUGUGAGCAGAGAGGAGCAUCAGUGAGACCUGCAGUGCUGGGACAGAGAGGAUUUACCCAGAAUGGUCCCAGGAAAACUGGGUGGGAAUCUCCUAUGGGAUCUCCCUGAACAGUGCCAGUGACCCCAUCAGGAAAACUGGGUGGGAAUCUCCUAUGGGAUAUCCCUGAAGAGUCCCAGUGACCCCAUCAGGAAAACUGGGUGGGAAUCUCCUAUGGGAUCUCCCUGAACAGUGCCAGUGACCCCAUCAGGAAAACUGGGUGGGAAUCUCCUAUGGGAUAUCCCUGAAGAGUCCCAGUGACCCCAUCAGGAAAACUGGGUGGGAAUCUCCUAUGGGAUAUCCCUGAAGAGUCCCAGUGACCCCAUCAGGAAAACUGGGUGGGAAUCUCCUAUGGGAUAUCCCUGAAAAGUCCCAGUGACCCCAUCAGGAAAACUGGGUGGGAAUCUCCUAUGGGAUAUCCCUGAACAGUGCCAGUGACCCCAUGAGGAAAACUGGGUGGGAAUCUCCUAUGGGAUCUCCCUCCUGGAUCAUCUUUGGGAAGGAAGGGACAGGUGCUCCUACAAACAGAAAAGCACUGGGAAAGCCUCAGAAGUGCAGCUGGAGGAAGAAUGAUAAACAAACAAACAAACAAACAGGGAACAACCUUUCCCUCAUUAACUCUGAGCACAGUCUCAAUAUUUUGACAAUAUUUUCAUCCCAAAUUGGAAGGAAAACAUGAAAUAACACCGUCCUGUGGAGAAUUGCUUUUCAAAUCCCAAACUACAUGGAAAUGCCUUCCUUCAGAGGAGUUUCACACAGAAGCAAAUCCACAGCCCUGCCAACACAGCUGUCAAAAACUUGUGCUUUAAUUACCAUAUAUUAGCCAACACAGGGGUCUGGGUGAGUGAACACUGUGCAUAUCAUUACCAGGGUACCUGUUCCAAAAGGAUAUUUUUGAUUUUUCAGAUGAUCAAAGCUGUCUUUUUCUUCCAGGGUUGUGGGUUUAUUUUUUCUUUGCAAUAUUAACAAAAGCUUCCUUGUAGUCACAACAUUAUUUCACAACCUAUUUCUUUUUUCAUCCCUAAACCACAAUUGUACUAAUAACCUAAAUAACCAAAUGUUUUAAAAUACAGAAGCAGAAGCCAUGAAUUGAGGCUUUUAUUGAGGUUGUAUAGGUGGAUGAAAUUAAAGCCAUAGAUGCACUUACUGCUAAGCAAUACUAAUCAAUUAUUUAUUCCCAAUCACAUAAUUUUAAAGAGUAGUUUGUUAUUUUCAGAUUAGAAAGCACGUCAGGAUAUUCUCAGUUCAUCUUUUUCCCUUGGUAUUGUCUCUAGGUGGAUUGUUAAAUUCCAGUAUGAUUUUCUACAUUAAUUAUAAUAUUGCAGCUCUGUGACUGGUGGUUUUUU